CCUUCUCAUCUCUUAGUCAUGGCUGAAGGAUCAUCAAAUCUUAUGCCUAUUGUUAGUAAGAUCUUCUGUUCUCCUUCCCUCUCAACAUUGGUGGUUCGUAGAAGGCCUCAUGUAAUCAAUGGAGGUGGAUUUGUAGUCUCUGAUUGCAACCAGAAGGUAGCUUUUAGUGUUGAUGGCUGUGGAAUUCUGGGAACUAAGGGAGAACUUGUUGUGAGAGACAGUGAUGGAUCCUUAAUACUUCUAAUUCAUAAGAAGGGGGGCAUCAUUCAAGCAAUUAGCACCUGCUCUCAAUGGAAUGGAUAUACAAUGAAUUAUGAGGGGGCUAAAGACAAAGUUUUUAGUCUGAGUGACUCAAAGCCAUUAUUUGCACUGAGAAGGUCUACAAAGAUUUACAUUGAACCUAAGAGGAUGAACAAAGACUACUACUUUGAGGUCAUUGGCUCCUUUCCUCAGAGAAAUUGCUCCAUUGUAACUUCCAAGGGAAUUGUUGCUGCUCAGGUGGGAUUCAAGGAGAUGAAUGGAAGCAAGGAUUUAUAUUCUCUUGUGGUGCAGCCUGGCUUUGAUCAAGCAUUUGUUGUUGGAGUAAUUGCAAUCUUAGACUACUUAAAUGGAGAAUCAACAAGUUGCUGA